UUUCUCGUCCUCAGUCUGCACUGGAUCAACGACCUGCCCGGAGCGCUCAGACAGAUCCAGCGGGUGCUGAAGCCGGACGGGGUCUUCAUCGGGGCCAUGGUGGGCGGGGAGACGCUGUACGAGCUGCGCUGCUCGCUGCAGCUCGCCGAGACGGAGAGGGAGGGAGGCUUCUCCCCCCACGUGUCCCCCUACACCGCCGUCACCGACCUGGGAAACCUGCUGGGCCAGGCCGGCUUCAACAUGCUCACCGUGGUGAGACACAAACGUCCCGUCAGUCCCCGGAGAUCCUCCUGCCGGAUUAUGAUUUCAAAAUAAAGAAAGACAGAGAGACACGUUCAUGAAGGAGCGAAAUCCAAACAGGAAAGAAAAGAAAUGAUAAAAACAGUGCAAAAUUAAAUGUUGUAUAAAAUAACACUAAAUGAAUUUAGUGCAGAAGUGAAGCUGAUUUUUAACCUGAAUUACAGACAAAAAGGAGAUUUAUUCUAUGAAAUAAAUAUGAUGAAGAGAUUAAAACAAAGUUGUUGGCAAAGGAAAUGUAUUAAUAUAAUAAUAAAUGUAAUUUUUCAGUUUUAUCUUUAAAG